CUGUUUUCACUUGUGUCUGGCUGUGGGAAGGUGGUCCUGAUCGAAAAACACCGUCCAGAAAAGCAGCCUACGGGAAAACUUUGUAUGUUUUUGAAUAGUCCGGUCAUCCCCCAAACAAACCAUGAAACGUCGGAAUUGACACGAAAUGUUGCUAACAAAGGAAGUGAUGGAUUUGACUUGUUUGUCAUCGGGAAUAAAGUUGGGAAAGUACGAGUUGAAAAUGGAGAGCCCAGCUGAGUGAGAGUGGGGUGAGGAGGCUGGAUUUGGCAAAGUUGGGAGUCCUGCCCUGGUGCUAGCAGGCUAGUUAGCAUGCCUUAACACUUCGCUGUCUCGGAUAAGUAAUGAGAGCUUCCCUCUGCUGCGCUCCAGCCUGCGAUUCUCCAGCGGAGCUGCUUUAUCUGCGGCAAGACCGCUGCUGACAUUGCAGCUUCCCCCGAUGGACAGAAGCAGAGUUGAGCUUGUUUUCUUAGGUUUUGCCUGAACCUCUCUGCUUUUCUCUAAAACAAAAAUACAGUUAAACCUAUUUGAGAGAACCACUCUCACUCCCAAGUCCCAAUCAAUUAUUUUGGAGAGCAUCCAUACUCGGUUUUCUCUCUUCGAUGGGGCCCUGGUAGGUUCUUCAAGGGGCUUGAGGUACCCCCCUGCCUGCCCCCUGUGCAGGCUGUCUGUGUGUGCGAGACCCAUCGGCACAGGCCCAUAAAAAAAGCUUGCAACAAAAAGACAACCAGCAGUACAGCACUUGCUGAUGUAGCCAAGACACACAGCUUGCUUGCCCAAAAUAUAUUCAUGAACUUGUGGGCUUUUUAAACUGGACUUCAGUGGAUGUAUCGGGUAUAUUCAUGAACUGUGACUGCUGAUGCCAGCUCAUUGGGGCUUGAGUGGGUGUAAUCAGCUUUAUUCAUGAACCCUCUGUCUGAGUCUGGGUACAGCCUGGAUGUUGGAUGCCCUGAGUGUGUUGAAUCAGCUGUUGCGGUGAUGAGGCAGGGCUCCUGGUGGCCUGUGUGGCUGACUGGGCAGUGGCCCACAGUGAUGUGAUGGGGUGCAAGAACAGUAAGGUCCUCCCUGAGCCUCCAGGGGAUGUUCAGUUGGACCUGGUCAAAAAGGUUGAUCCCCCUCCUCAGACAGAUAUCUGUAAGAACUUCAUACGAGGGGAUGGCACUAGGAGCAAGAUGGAUGGGGCCGGUGGAGGGGGAGGUGACAAGACUGACUCCACCUCCCCAUAUCAGGCCCAGGCCCAAGCUGCCACUCCUACUGCUUCUGCUCAGCCUCCUAAGGACCCAUCUGAACUGUCGGACCCUCAGCGGAAGAAGGUGGCAAAAUAUCGAGCCAAGUUUGACCCCCGUGUCACAGCCAAGUACGACAUCAAAGCUCUGAUAGGUCGUGGGAGUUUUAGCCGGGUCGUUCGUGUGGAACAUAAGAGCACGCGGCAACCGUACGCCAUCAAGAUGAUCGAGACCCGUUACCGGGAGGGGAGGGAGGUAUGCGAGUCAGAACUGUGCGUUCUGAGACGCGUCCGUCAUACCAAUAUAAUCCAGCUGAUGGAGGUCUUUGAGACGGCAGAGCGUGUCUAUAUGGUGAUGGAGCUGGCCACUGGUGGAGAGCUCUUUGACCGGAUCAUUGCCCGUGGCUCGUUCACAGAGCGGGACGCCACGCGGGUGCUGCAGAUGGUGCUGGAUGGCGUCAAGUAUCUUCAUACUUUGGGGAUCACUCACCGAGACUUGAAGCCGGAGAACCUGCUCUAUUACCACCCCGGAGCCGAUUCCAAGAUCAUCAUUACUGACUUUGGUUUGGCCAGCAGCAGGAAGAAGGGGGACGAGUGUCUGAUGAAGACCACCUGUGGCACACCAGAGUACAUCGCACCUGAGAUCCUAGUGAGGAAGCCCUAUACCAACGCUGUAGACAUGUGGGCGCUGGGGGUGAUCUCGUACAUCCUGCUGAGCGGAACCAUGCCCUUUGAGGACGACAACCGCAUGAGGCUGUACCGGCAGAUCCUCAAGGGCAAGUACAGCUUCUCUGGAGAGCCAUGGCCCAGUGUGUCCAACCUGGCCAAAGACUUUGUUGAGCGGAUUCUAACGGUGGACCCCAGUGAGCGACUCACAGCUGGCCAGGCCCUCAAGCACCCCUGGAUUGUCAGCAUGGCCGCCUCCUCCUCUAUGAAGAACCUACAGCGCUGUAUAUCUCAGAACCUUCUGAAGCGGGCCUCGUCACGCUGCCACAGCACCAAGUCGGCCCAGUCCACUCGUUCCAGCCGCUCCACCAAAUCCAACAAAGCCCGGCGGGUGCGAGAGAAGGAGCUGCGCGAGUUGAACCGUCGAUAUCAGCAGCAGUACAAUGGCUGAAACAAGGACCAUGACAGUCAACGUCUGUAGCGGACCUUAUACGUCCGGGGAAAACAGCACUACAAGGACUGAACAUUUACAAAGACUACCACCAUUUGAAGUUGCUGCCAGUUUUCCGUGCCGAAAUGGCUUCAAGUCAAAAAUCAUUGCUUUAAAAAAAGAGGACACUGGCUUGAUUAAAUCCAUGGCUACCAGCAACUGUAGAAUUAAGGUUUAGUGCUGCCAGUUGACAUUAUAGAAGAAGUCAAAAAUGAUUGUGAAGACUGAAUUUCUAUGGCAGAGUGUCACCUGAUGAGCACAGAAAAGGACACACCAGUAAAGUUUUGAAAUCCAAUGAUUACAUCAUCUCUCCAGCCAUUCCUUCACUUUUUCUCUGGCAGGAUGGUGCUUUUCACUCCUUUGCUUUUGUUCUUUCAAUCCUUGUGUCUACAUAUUUAUUUAUUAUUGUUGACAUGAUUAUUAGUCUCCAUUCAGAUGGUCACUGGAUAAUGACCUUCCAUAAGGAUCUGUUGAACAGAGUUCUGGGGAGGGGAAAACAAAUGUCCCCUCACUCAUUCCUGAUUGAAAAUUGCUGUGAAUUUAUUAUUGUACUAAUUGUACAGACCUUGUCUUAAGAUGUGGCUGAUGGAAGUACACAACAUCCACACCCUUGGGUCAGAAUGAAGGCAUACUUUUUAUUAGUCACUUCUUAGCUUAUCUAAUCUUGCCAUCAUUGCUCUGUUAGUAUCAUUGUUUUAAAGCUGUCAAAAGAUUGUGAAGCUGUUUUGUGUCAGUGUUAAACGCACAGUAAGUCAUUUCUGCAGCUAGGGGUCUCUGAAUCAAAACAGAAAACAAAAGACGUGGCUUGAUGACAUAAUGAAGUAGUGUGGCGUCUUAGGAGUUGUUGUCUUCAUACCAUUGCCAAUGAAAAUCCAUCUUGCAUGACUCAGGCAGAGAUGUUCACUGACGAGGUUUUAUUCACAUUAUGUUUUGUCAUGUUUGGCGGAUUCCUUCCUCAUUCUCUGACUCUCCUUGAAGUUCUAACAACAGGCAACCACAUGAAACACACCGUUGGCUAGAGCGUUAUAAGAGAUUUCUCUGGGUUUGAACAUUGUUGGAAAUGUUUGGGCUGAUGUAAGUACACCGCUCAACAAAAUAUACACAAUAUACAAAGGUCCAGUCAUUUUAAUAUGGAAGGCCUUGCAUAUUUUAUCUUUAAAUCUCAAAUAUAAUAUGGACAGUAGGCCACUCGCAGUGAUUUUUCUUUUCAUAGAUCAAUAGCUUGACUCCUGACAUACAUAUGAUCCUUUUGUGUUGUAGAGCAGCAGUGUAAGAAUUUAUUCUCGUUAAAGGGGUCUGUUGUCUUUGUGAGGGUUGUUUUACAGUUUUAUUGUUGCUUUCGGUGAGAAUGGCACAUGUUGUAUGCAUUGUGACAGCAAAGAUUAUCCUUGUAGGAAGCUGUUUCUGGUUGCACCAAGUCUUUCACCAAGUUUCAUAAAAAUAACAUAUCUUUGUUUACAAAAUAUGCUGAAAACGAUGAUUGUUUCACUUAGAUUAAAUGAAAACAAAUAAAUAAAUACAACAAUGUAAUACCUACAUUUACAAAGGAUUGGCUGUUAAGUUUAUGAUACUGUUAGCUUCUAAAUUGGUAAUAUUUGGAAGUUAUGCUAAAAAUUAGCUAAAUGCUGGUAAAAUGUGUAAGUGACUGGUAGACCUACUCAUAAAGCAAACAAACAAAAAACAAUGGUAUUUAUUGAGUGGCUGGUAAAUUUUCAUUAGCCAAUUGGCUGGUUGACAAAAAUGUUAUUUUUGCACCUCUGUUACAGCUUUUAAUGCUGCUGGAACUUCCUGGUUCCCUCCAUAUUGCAAAAGUCUUUACAGGCUUAGGCAAAUGUUAUGUUUUUAUGACGGACCCUGGUUUAGGAAGUGGCUAGUUUGAAACAAGCUAGCGAUUCCGUAUAACUUAGCAACAACUUCACACUUAUUAUCACACUUAAUACUUAUUAAUGGAUUUACAAACAGCAGGUGCAACCCAAACCAAGCCCUGCUAUUUCUCCUAGUUAGCCUCUGUUCCACUGUCAUCUGUAACUCAGUGGGCUUUCUCUUAAGAAUUUGGUUUUCAUUUGUCUUGUUAGCAUUCAGUAACAACAUCUUGCACCAGUAUCAGCCAUUGGCAUGUGGUAGUAGUGGUAAGUAAUAGUGGCUUUUUUGUGUUUAAAUGACAGAUAUCCAUUUAGUGCAGGAUAUCCAUAAAAAAAAACCAGGAAGAAGAUUUUGCUUGUGAAACAGAGGCCAACUAUGAAUGGGGGAACAUCAGCAUUUUCUCAGCCAGGUUAGGAGGAGCCUGAAGGUGUCUGCUGCACUCAUGGCCAAAAUGAAGGAAAUCACUGAAAACAAAAAGGGGCAUGUCGAGGUGAAUCAAAUGACCAUUAGCAUAUGUGAUUUGUAGAACAGUCUAAAUUACCGGCAUGGACUCCCACAUGAAACUGUGCACUCUCAUGCAUAUUUUUUCUUACAUUUAUAAAGGUUACCUUUUAUCUGUAAGUGCACUUAAAAAAUAAAUUCCAAAGGCUUUCGUAGAGAUAAGCUCUAGUCUAUCAAUGCUACAAUACUGAUAGUAAAAGAACAAUAGAUUGAGGCUCUCAUAUCUUUUACAGUAUUAAUCAUUCAUAGCUCAUACAUACAUAUCAUGUUUUGGUAAUCCACAUCCUUAUAUAAUAAGGUUUUGUGACCAGUGCAUUACCUAUAGAGCUGUUGAUAUAAUGUUAGUUGUCUGAAAUGAGACCAGACUAGGAAUUGUGCUGUAGUUGAAAUAGUAAAAUUCUGUGUUACAGCAAAGUGAAAUUUCUGAAUUUAAGUCAUGAAAAGUGAAAUGAAUAAUUAAUGCAACUGCUUGUUUGGACAUAACAUCCAUGUAAUUGAGUGCGAAUGAUUUAUCCCCAACCUUGUCAAAAUACUGUGAUGUUUGAAUAUUGAUUGCUUACCAAAGGUUGCACAUUUUAAUUAUUGACAAGAACACAUGGGGAUUAUCUGACUUAGUUUUUUA